UCCCUACGCACCACAAACACAGCUUCCCUAAUGCAUCGGACACCAGUUGGAGAUGCCACACUGACAAAGGAACAAUGCUGCUGCCCUUGACUCACUGCAUACUGGCAAGAAGUAGUCGCUUUAGCAAAGAAAUGCACCAGAGUACAACUCCCGUUCAAACCAGAGACAUUCCUACUUCUACUCCUACCAAAAUAUCUAAAAAAGACUCAUCGAUAUCUCGUCUCAUCCUCAUAGCAGCCCUCAUGGUUAUUAGCAG